AUGGACCAUAAAACGUUUACACCAGCAGCUGAUGUUUAUAGCCUUGGCGUCAUUAUGACGGAAAUAUCAACUGGAAAACAAGCUUUUGAAGGUUUAGAAUUUAUUCCUGAGACACCUGACAGUUAUGUUAAAUUAGCUAAGAGAUGCAUAGAUCCAAAUCCUAAAAACCGACCUACUGCAAAGUCUGUUAAUUUUCAAGUUGGACAUUGGAUCGAAGAAAUAUUAAGCUCGAAUGAAGACAAUGAGAUUAGAAGGCAAUUUUUAGAAAAUGAUAAUACUUCACAAAUAAUUAACACAAACAAAGAUUCAUUUGUGACGAGUAAACCCAUCGAUACCAUCGAUAUUUUAGAAAAUGAAGUUUCUGCUUGUACACAUAUGAUCAAGGUAUUUUUGCUAAAUAUCCAGUGA